GGCGAAGUGUUGAGAGGCUUGUCUCCACGAAGUAAUUUUCGAGCUUCCACGAGGAGAAGGCAGCAACAAGAUGUACAUCACCUGACAGUGCCUACAGAGAGGGACCAUCCGGAUGACAUGCAUACCCCCAGUGAAGACAGUGGAGUGGACCUUGCCAACGGUACUUUCUACAGCCAUGGUAGUAGGAAAGGCAGCAGGGUCUCCACUGGCUCUAGAGAUUCAAUGGUGCUGGAUACGAAGCAGCUGCAGCGAAAGAGCAGUCCUUGGAGAACCAGUCCUCGCAGCAGCAGGAGAUCUUUAGACGCAUCGAUGAAUCUCAGAGAUGGUAACCAAGCCACUCGAAUGCGAAGGACCACUUUUCGGCGACAUAGUAGUGGAGGUGAAGGCGUCAAUCCUGAUGACAGAAGACCCAGGAAUAGAUCACGCGAAGACAGAAGGUGGAGUAUCGGUAGCGAAAUGGUGGAUGCUCCUUUCGUUGAAGGGCACUUGGUAAGUAAUUCGAUUCCUGUAAUUGCAUGA